AUGGUUUCAGCUUCUCUCAUGGCAAAUUUAAACCCAAUCCCACUUACAGUUUUUUCUGAUAUUAGGGUUUGUAAACCUAGCCUCUCUUCUUCUCUUGGUCAGUUUAAAUUGCCGGAGUCGAGUUCAAUCUCUUCGACCUCGGAAUCUUCUAUUGCCUUCUCAGUUGCACCCAAGCUUAAACCUGUAAUAUCAGAGACCAGUUCUUGUUUAGCCCAAGUUUGGAAAGAGAUCCAAGGGUCCAAAAAUUGGGAAAACCUUGUGGAGCCCUUAAAUCCUCUCCUACGUGAUGAGAUCAUAAGGUAUGGUGAGCUUGUCACUGCAUGUUACAAAGGUUUUGAUUUCAAUCCCAACUCCAAACGUUACUUGAAUUGCAAGUAUGGGAAGAAAAGCAUUUUAAAAGAAGUUGGCCUUGAAGAUUCUGGUUAUGAAGUAACGAAAUACAUCUAUGCAACACCUGAUAUCAACUUCCCAAUGCAGAAUGAAGAAUGUUGUGCUCGUUGGAUUGGAUAUGUUGCAGUUUCAAAUGAUGAUGCAGUAAGAAGGCUUGGAAGAAGAGAUGUGGUUGUAACAUUCCGAGGAACAGCGACGAAUCCUGAAUGGAUUGCGAAUUUCAUGAGUUCCUUGACGCCGGCGAGAUUAAACCCUAUUAAUCCUCGGCCUGAUGUGAAGGUAGAAUUAGGUUUUUUGAGUUUGUAUACAUCAGAAGACAGCAAUCGUCGUUUUGGUUUUGGGAGCUGCCGCGAACAGCUUCUUUCGGAGAUUUCUCGCCUUGUUAAUAAGUAUAAGGGGGAGGAGAUGAGUAUAACAAUUGCUGGACACAGUAUGGGCAGUGCUUUAGCUCUCCUUCUUGCAUAUGAUUUGGCUGAGCUGGGGUUGAAUACAGCUUAUUCCAACCGAAAAUUACUUCUAACAGUCUACUCAUUUGGGGGUCCUAGAGUUGGGAAUCCAGGAUUCAAGGAGAGAUGUGAGGAGUUGGGAGUGAAGGUUUUAAGGGUAGUGAAUGUUAAUGAUCCAAUUACAAAGUUACCUGGGGUUCUCUUCAAUGAGAACUGUAGAGUUUGGGGAGAUAGAUAUGAGCUUCCAUGGAGCUGUUCAUGUUAUGCACAUGUGGGAGUUGAAUUAGCUCUUGAUUUCUUCAAGAUGGAAAACCCUUCAUGUGUUCAUGAUUUGGAAACUUAUAUCAAGUUAUUGAGAUGUCCUAAGAAGGUUCAAGUUCAAAACGUUGGGGAUGAUCUUAUAAACAAAACAAAGAAGUGGCUAUCGAGUGUGUUGGAUACAUGGUCAUGGCAAAAUGCUACAAAGAACAUCAUGUCUAACUUCAAUGUGUAA